GGGAGGUGGCUCCGGAGGUGUAGACGAAUCCACUGCUGCAGCGGGCCCAGAUGGAGUCCUUCCGAUGGACCAAAGAGGCGCUAUCAGCGGUCCGGCGGCUGGCACGAUGACCUUGACCGGUGGGUUUUUCUAUUUGUUUGGACUACCGCACAUUUUUCUCCUGCG